AUCAAGAUGAGCAUCAUCACAUCAACAGAACCAACAAACCUUCAAGCUGAGGAUCAUUCAGUCAUCACUCCAGCAACACAAGACGAAUCACCUAACCAAAUAUCCGCAGUCAGCAUUACCAACAAAUCAAGUUCGGAUGCAGUUGAACGAAUCACUGAACCUCAACCCUUGCCCUCUGCUGUGGAGGAAUCUGAGCCAUUCAGCGAGAAUGAACGAUUACCACUUCCAACACCAUCUACACCAUCUCGGAACAAUCAAGCUUGUGCCCCUAGCACUAGUUCGCCUAAUCAGACCGAUGAGCGCUGGUUGAUUAAAAAAAUCCUUUGGCCGCCUUUUCCUCCUUCUGGAUCAAAUCCCAAAUCGAUAUCGAUUAUCAUGCAAAAUACCAAUGGGCCAUGUUCGCUUCUGGCUGUCUGCAACAUUCUUCUACUUCAGGGUUCAAUCGUUCUUCCCGGGCCUCCAGAUCGUACAUCGAUUUCCUUCCAGACCCUUUCCUCAGUCUUAGCCGAUUACUUGGUCCGUCACUCCGCUGAUCCCACAAAUCUCAGCGUCGCUCUUUCAGUCAUUCCAUCUUCUCGCACUGGUCUCAAUCUUAAUCCAAGAUUCGGUUCAAUUGAUGGCUUUGGACCUGGAUCAGGGGAACUUGCUUUAUUCAGCUCAGCAGGUGUCCCCUUGGUCCAUGGAUGGGUUGCGGAUCCACAAGACCAGGAUACGUGGGAUGCACUAAUGAAGUGUGGUGACUACGAUAGAGCGUUGCAAGAGGAAGAGUAUCGGAACCAAGAAUCCAGAAUAGGUGUCCAACCGGGACCAACCUUUAAUUCUUUGCAGCCCUCACUGCCGUCACAAGCUCGCAUCCAACAAGUUCACGCCCAAUCUACUUCUUGUCCCCAAGUUCUAUCUGAAACAUCAGGCACUUCAUUUCCCAGCAAUCAACAAUGCGUGACAACAGCGGCAAGUACUCAUGGUCGUCGAGCCAGCCACGGAAGUGGUCAAAGAAAGAAGAAUUGCAUUAUCAUGUGA